GUUCUGCAAAACAACACUGUUGCUCCCGUGUACAAUAUUAUAUAUCUGUCGACGUCCUCUUUUCUCACUAAACCAACAAACGCGCUGCUCACCAAGCUUUCCGGCUUCCUAUUCUCCGCCACCGUCACAUAGCUGCUGUCUGUUUCGAUCUCACACACACGUCGCCCAACAUGCGUUUCUCCCUCGUCUCCGUCCUCGCCCUGGCCGCUGUUGGCCUCGCACAAGAUCAAACCGCCGCCCCAACCGGCACAAGCGUAUCUCAACCCGCUGACACCGGGAGCAUGACCUUCCUCCCAAUCCCACCAACAGGAACUGCUCCAGGAGGCACCGGCACUCAGAUCCCCGGUAACAGCACCAUGACAUCCCGUCAGACCGACACCGAGAGCCGCACUGUCAGUGGACCUACCGGAACCGGCACAGGUGCCCCAGGUACCUCUUCCUCCGAGGCUAUGGCCCCAACCAGCGGUCCCCAAGCCGUUGGCUUCGGUCUCGGUCUCGGUGCUCUCGUCGCUGCUCUUCUUUAAACGACACCUCCUUUUUGUCAAGUUGAUUGCCCGUAUUUGGACACUCGUUCGCGUCAAAACAAAAAUCGAAAAACAACAUCCUUUUUUUGUGUACCAUGUGGUCGAACGGUGCUAAUAUCGACUGUACUGGUCUCCGGACUAGGACAUGAUAAUAAGAAAAAAAGAAAGAAAAAGGAAAGGAAAAAAAAGUAAAGCUGAUUGACAAAAUGAAGGGGGCCUUUUUUUUUUCUUUUUUGUGGCAGAGAAUGUGACAUUGCUUCGAAAUACCCUUUAAUAUUGUCUAAUUUAUGUACGCAUUCAAGAACCCGGCGUUUUAGAUUGCCAUCCUCUUCAUUUUGUUUUCUCCUGUACGGCUUUGACGGAAUUUGUUCUCAACAUGCUCACGGAUUUGAACUAUCGGCUGGAAAUUAAUAAAUACCUCCGUUGUAGCAAAUCAAUACAUAGGAUUAUUACCUAGUGA